GAGGUGGGAGGGCAUCUGGUGCCCGGGGUGGAGGGACUGUCUGGGAGGGGCAUGUGCAGGACUCUGGAAAGAUCAGAUACAAAGUUGAGGGAACGUUUGCUGGGGUGGGACUGGCCGGCUGAGUAGGGGGCUGGCAGGGUCAGGCCCGGCCACCUUGGGCUGGCUCCCUCCUUGCAGCAGCCUAGAUGUUUCUGUUGCUCAGCAACUGGGACCAUGGCAGGGCCUGGGUGCGGGGACCGAGGUCCAGGACUGGGAUGCAGCUUUGAGCGGCCUGGAGGAAGCUUGGAACUAAGAAGGGGAAAGUGAGGAUGCGGAGCAGCUGGGGGUGCUGAUCCACCCGGGACAGACCCCCUGGCGGGGUCCAGGGCUGUGGCCAGGAUGCCACGAGGCCUGAGCCUGUGGGGUGGGGAGCAGGGGUGUUGCUGGGCCCCAGCUGCAGUGGAAGUGUUUGAGGUGUGGAGGUUGCAUACUGGAGCGGCCCCCACCCAUUUUACAAGGGUCCUGCAGGCAGCGCCGGCUGUGCUCAGCGGACCCCGCAGCCGCCUGGGGCCCCAGACAGAUGGGCCCAGGGUCCUCAGCCUUCCCUGCAGCCGUAGGCUGCGAGGCGCCCCCGCCUGCCUUAAAGAGCCAGCUGGCAGGCUUGGGGUCCAGGGUGGGGUGGGGGCACCGGCCUUCCCUGACUGUGAACACCCCCCCCAGGUGUGAUGGUCGGCUCCCACGCGGACAUGGCUCCCGCCUCCACCGCGGAGGGCGCGGGGGACAAGCCGGGCCCCGCGGCCCCCGCUGCCCAGUAUGAGUGCGGGGAGUGCGGCAAGUCGUUCCGGUGGUCGUCCAGGCUCCUGCACCACCAGCGCACCCACACCGGGGAGCGGCCCUACAAGUGCCCCGACUGCCCCAAGGCCUUCAAGGGCUCCUCGGCCCUGCUCUACCACCAGCGCGGCCACACGGGCGAGCGGCCCUACCCGUGCCCCGACUGCCCCAAGGCCUUCAAGCGCUCGUCGCUGCUGCAGAUCCACCGCAGCGUGCACACGGGCCUGCGCGCCUUCACCUGCGGCCAGUGCGGCCUGGCCUUCAAGUGGUCGUCGCACUACCAGUACCACCUGCGGCAGCACACGGGCGAGCGGCCCUACCCGUGCCCGGACUGCCCCAAGGCCUUCAAGAACUCGUCCAGCCUGCGGCGCCACCGGCACGUGCACACGGGCGAGCGGCCCUACAGCUGCGGCGUGUGCGGCAAGAGCUUCGCGCAGAGCACCAACCUGCGGCAGCACCAGCGCGUGCACACGGGCGAGCGCCCCUUCCGCUGCCCGCUCUGCCCCAAGACCUUCACGCACUCCUCCAACCUGCUGCUGCACCAGCGCACGCACGGCGCCGCGCCCGCCGCCAGCGCUCCCGCCCCGGCGGGGCCCGACGGCGGGGCCGCGGCGGCCGUCCCGGACGCCUACCUGCCGCGGCACCUGCAGCCGCACAGCCCGCCCGCGCCGCCCGCGCCGCCGCCCGUGGUGCCCGAGCUCUUCCUGGCGGCCGCCGAGACCACGGUGGAGCUGGUGUUCCGCUGCGACGGCUGCGAGCUGGGCUUCGGCAGCGAGGAGCUGCUCCUGGAGCACCAGCCCUGCCCCGGGCCCGCCGCGGCGCCCCCGCCCCCCGCCGCGCCCGCGCCGCCGCCCCCGCGCGAGCCGCCCGCGGCCGCCCCGCCCGGCCCCCGGCCCCCGGCCGCGCCCGGCUUCGCCUGCCUGCCGUGCGGGAAGUCCUUCCGGACGGUGGCCGGCCUCUCCCGCCACCAGCACAGCCACGGCGCGGCCGGCGGCCAGGCCUUCCGCUGCGGCAGCUGCGACGGCGCCUUCCCGCAGCUCGCCAGCCUCCUGGCGCACCAGCAGAGCCACGUGGAGGAGGCCGCGGCCGGGCGCCCGCCCCCGCCGGCCGAGGCGGCCGAGGUCACCUGCCCCCAGGAGCCGCCGGCGCCCGCCGCGCCCCCGCCGCCCGCGGCCGCGGCCGAGCGGCCCUACAAGUGCGCCGAGUGCGGCAAGGCCUUCAAGGGCUCGUCGGGGCUGCGCUACCACCUGCGGGACCACACGGGCGAGCGGCCCUACCAGUGCGGCGAGUGCGGCAAGGCCUUCAAGCGCUCCUCGCUGCUGGCCAUCCACCAGCGCGUGCACACCGGCCUGCGCGCCUUCACCUGCGGCCAGUGCGGCCUGACCUUCAAGUGGUCGUCGCACUACCAGUACCACCUGCGGCUGCACUCGGGCGAGCGGCCCUACGCCUGCGGCGACUGCGGCAAGGCCUUCCGCAACACCUCGUGCCUGCGGCGCCACCGGCACGUGCACACGGGCGAGCGGCCCCACGCCUGCGGCGUGUGCGGCAAGAGCUUCGCGCAGACCUCCAACCUGCGGCAGCACCAGCGCGUGCACACGGGCGAGCGCCCCUUCCGCUGCCCGCUCUGCCCCAAGACCUUCACGCACUCCUCCAACCUGCUGCUGCACCAGCGCACGCACUCGGCCGAGCGCCCCUUCGCCUGCCCCGUCUGCGGCCGCGGCUUCGUCAUGGCCGCCUACCUGCAGCGGCACCUGAGGACGCACGCCCCGGCCGCCCCGGCCCCCGCCGCCGCGCCCCCGCCCCCCGCCCCGCUGGCCGCCGCCCCCGCCCCCACCCAAGACGUGCACGUGCUCCCCCACCUCCAGGCCACGCUCUCCCUCGAGGUGGCCGGCGGUGCAGCCCAGGCCCCGCCCGCUGGCCAGGCCGCUCCCAACUCCCAGACGUUUCUCCUGGUGCAGACGGCGCAGGGGCUCCAGCUCAUCCCCAGCAGCGUGCAGCCCCCGCCGCCCCCGCCCGCCGCCCCCCCCAAGCUCAUCCUGCUUCCCUCCACCAGCGCGGGGGGAGGGGGCGGCCGGGCUAGGUCGGGCCCGCGGGCCGUGGGGAAAGCCGGCCCAGGGGCUGGAGUGGUCUGGCUGCCGGGGGCCGGGGGGCUGGGGGUGCAGGGAGGGGUCAACGUGGCGGCCAGCGGGGGCGGGCAGAGCCUCAUCGUUCUGCAGAAUGUGGGGGGUGGGGAGGCGGGGCCGCAGGAAGUGAGUGGGGUCCAGCUGCAGCCCCUCCGGCCUGCCCCGGAAAUGACCACAGUCCAGCUGCAGCCGGCCCCGGAAGUGACCACGGUCCAGCUGCAGCCGGCCCCGGAGGUGACCACGGUCCAGCUGCAACCGGCCCCGGAGGUGACCACGGUCCAGCUGCAGCCUGUGGGUGGCCAACUUCCCAGUGCCGGUGGGGGGGCAGUGGCCACCGAGGCCCCCAACUUGCUGGUGGUGCAGAGUGGGGCGGCCGAGGAGCUGCUCGCGGGCCCCGGCCCCGGGGAGGCGGGGGACGGCGAGGCCGGCACCGGCGUGGUCCCCGACGUCCUCUUUGAGACGCUGCAGACGGACGAGGGCUUGCAGAGCGUCCUGGUGCUGAGCGGCGCGGACGGCGAGCAGACCCAGCUCUGCGUGCAGGAGGUGGAGGCCCUGCCCCCCGUGCUGGCCGAGCCGCCCGCCCCCGGCCCCCCGGGGCAGAAGCUGCUCAUCAUCCGCAGCGCGCCGGCCAGCGAGCUCCUGGACAGCAGCAGCGUGGGGGGCGGCGCGGCCACCCUGCAGCUCCUGGCCCCGCCGCCGGCCGGCUCGGCCGGCGCGUCCGCGGGCCUGCCCGCCGCUCCUGCGUCCCAGAUGGUCCAGGUGCUGCCUGCGGGCGCGGCGCCGGGCGGCGUGACCCCCCAGGGGCUCCCCUCCAUCCAGAUCGUGCAGACCGUGCCCACGGUCCAGCUGGUGCACACGUUUUGAAUGCCGCUGGGCCUGGUCCGCCCGGGCGCGGGGAGGGGUCGCGCGUGCUAAUAAAGACCGACUCUCCUGCCCUUUGUGCUUUUGUUUUCCUGGGGGGUGGGG